GAGUGGUGACCCCUGCAGCCGUCUGGGAGCGCUGUCCUCCCUCCUGGCCAUGGGCACCGGGUGGGAUGUGUGCGCGCUCCUCUCCACGGUGUUGUUCACUGCCCAGGCUUUCCCUCAGACCAACAUAAAGAUCAGCCAAGCCAUGCCGGAGCCUGUCCAUGCCUACUCCUGCCCACUCUUCUGGACAGAGUACGAGGGCCAUUGCUACCGGUACUUCCCCAUCAACAAGACCUGGGCUGAAGCCGACCUCUAUUGUGCUGAGUUCUCCAUUGGCAUCAGAUCAGCCAAGCUGACCUCCAUCCACAGCUGGGAAGAAAACGUCUUCGUGUAUGACCUGGUGAACAGCCGUGUGCCGGGAAUCCCCACUGACAUCUGGACAGGACUCAAUGACCUGAGGCAGGAGGGUCACUUUGAGUGGACGGAUGGCUCCUCCUAUGACUACAACUAUUGGGAUGGCAGUCAGCCCGACGACGGGAUCCACUCCAUCCCAGAGGAGGAGGACUGUGUGCAGAUCUGGUACCGGCACAACAGUGCACUGCGCUCCUGGAAUGACAACGCCUGCGGCAGAGCCUUCCCUUUUGUCUGCAAGAUCCCCUCGCUGGCCCUGGACUGAGGCUGCUGGUGCUGCCCAAGCUCCCUUCAUUUUGGGUCACCUCUCCAGUGGCAGGGAAGAACAACCAGGACAUGGCACGGGUGGUGAGAGCAUGGAGCUGCUCGGCAUCCCCAGCCAGACCCUGGCUGCAGUAUCCCUCCUGGAGUGCUGUGGGGGUGAACCUGGUGCUCACCCUCCCCAGGGGCAAGCAGUGAUGGGAGCUGUGUUAAACAGCAAAGGAGCCCCCCAUGCCUAAGCCCGGCUUUGGGUUUCAGAUCAACUAUUGCAGUGUAUUAGAGGAAACCCAUGAUUUUACCAAUACACCAAACUGUUAGCACCAUAGAGUAGACAUGUGUGGGAAAUUAUUCUGCCAGUUCACCUGUGAAGGAAGAGUGGAGGAGAAGUGUUAUUUUCUGUUAAGUUGUACAAAAUGCCUCUCAUGUGUGUUAUUUUUCUUUCCUCUAAAAUAAACAGCAAACAGCAGGUGGAGGCUCCU